AUGGUGCGCCGUGUGCAGAGACCCUGGAUCGUGAUCCUGUUGCCGUGCUUUGCACUUGCCUGGGCCUUCAUCCGGCAGAGUUCCUGGUCGCGCAGCGCUUUUGCCGGCGGCCGGCAAGAGCGGGGCACGCGCGGUCCCAUAACUCCUGUGCAUGCGGCGCCCACGGCGGAGGCGGCCCGAGUGGAGCUGCGCGACGAGACCCGCCUUCUGCGAGAGACGGUGACAGAUCUGGUUUCGGAAGUCCGCCUGCUCCGGCAGGAGCUCACAGGCGAAGUCCAGGCCGAGACUUCGCCAGCGGCGCCCACACCCUCGGAGACGGAAGCGAAGAUCCCGGUGGCCCCGACACCGGCCAGUCAGGCUUCGCCAGCGCAGACAGCCUCGCGAGCAGCAAAGGCCAGCAGCAAGGGACCGCCCAAGGGGACCACUGCCAUCAAAGUCGUCAGCGCCGGCGGCGAUGCGGGGGACAUUGCAGACUUCUUCCUGGAAGAUCAGCAAGUACCGAUUGGCGGUAUGUCGAGCAGGCGCGGGUUGAAUGUGGUGGUGAUUGACUCGUCAGCCGGGCAUUUGCUGUCUGCGAAGACAUAUGACAUUUGGGGAAACCCGCUGGAAGAGAACCGCAGACUGGCAAAGGACCUGAGAGCCGUGGAGGAGGACGACAUCGUCCUGGUGGCCUUGAAAGAUUCGGGCGGAGAGAAUUUGGACGGCGAAGCUAUCCACGCACUCCAAGGGCUGGGCGCAACUCUGGAAGGGCGUUUGGCUUUCCGACAGGGCUAUGCGCUCAUAGGUGUAAAGGACGGGGAAGCCUUGGCGGAGCGAAAAGGACCCAUGGUUAUGGCAGAGGCGGGAACUUUGGGCUCCGUUCCAUCAUUGAUAUCGUGGCAAGGGGCAACAGUCGAACGACUGCAGUGCUACAGUCCUAGAAGUCGUAACAUGUGCAACUUCUUUCGUGGCAUACAGACCUGGUUUGGCCUGGGCUUUGAGCUACAGGCAGCCUUGAAGCAUUGCUGUUGGCAGAGGCCAAACUGCCCUUCGCGGUGCGGCCGCCACAGGCCCCGGUGA